GGGUAGGACGCUGAAACUGUGACAGGCUGGUUAACGAACGGUGCAGAGGCAGGGCUACAAGAAAAGAGCCAAUGAUGGAGAGAUGCCCGUGCUGUUCAGCGGAGACAUUACAAGCUGCAAGGAGUGGUGGAGGAGCAAGGGAGUGCACGGCUGGAAGUGCAUGAGAGAAGGAAAACGGGUCAAGUAGCGAACGCUGGGGAGGGAGAGAGUGGAAGACGGAGACAUAGGUGGAGCUUCAGAAAGAGGAGAGUGCAUCUGUAGCCUUGCAUCUUUGAAAGACUGACCCAGACACAUCGCAGAAACUAUGGCCAACAUCAACGCCACUGUACAUCCAAGUAAUCCCCCAUGGCACCAAGAGGCGGCCUCUCUUUCCCACAUCUCCUUGCAGGUCCAGGAAGUCUACCCCUUCCAUGAUGGCUGGAAUGUGGCAUGCUUCGUCAUCCUUCUGCUCUUUAUCCUCACUGUCCUGUCUCUGGCUGCCUUGGCCGUGCUCUAUGAGCUACUUGACUGUGGGUGCUGUGCCAAAGGGAAGACCCAUCACCAGCUACAGGAGGAGGGGCCAGGAAGCUGCAGCAAGCUCAUGACAGGCAUUUGCAAGGAACCAGAAUCUUAUACUGAGGUGGUGUAAAAGCAAAGUAGGAAUUCAGGUGUCAUUAGUGAGCUGGGGAUUCAAACAGCACCAAACCCUGAUGCCCUGAGAAAUGAACUUCCAAAAUGAUGUAGUGGUCCAGUUACUCACAGUUUAACAUAUGCAUAAGGAACAGAAAAGUCAACAGAACAAUUUUAAAGAGGAGGGGGGCAGUUUUUCACUGACUGGGAGUAAGCCUACAAUUUCAUUUAUGAGGACAUGUUCACUAAUAUCUACAUUCACUAACCCUUAAUGUAGAGGGCAGACCUUCAGCGCCAUAUUUUAUAACAGAAAUAAUGAAGAGAAAUAGAGAGUGCCACAGAAGAAACAAAUAAACAAAAAAACAAUGUGGCAAAAACGGUUAUAGAAAGGUUUUCAUUGAAGUGGCACAUUUUUGCUUUGUGUCCUCCCCCACCCCCGAGUUCUCUUCUUCAACAUUUGCCCUGUGAGUACAAUGUAUACAAUCACUGGAUACAAGUGAGCAUCUAUGAGAAAUGGUAACAUGUUAUUGUCCAUAUCAACACAUUUUAAUUUUUGUUUCCCAGGGGGCCAGUCAGCACCACAAAAAGCCUGUUUCUCUGUUCUUUAGUAAAUUGUGUGCCAAUGCUGUCAACACUGUAAUACUAUGAUGAUAAAUGACACAUGACACUUGGUUGCUGCACAGUCUUGUACUUUAUCGUGUCUAUUUGAGGGACAAUGUAUAAUUUUAUGCCUUACCACAAAAUAUCUAAUAAAUUAUCACUUAAUUGUG